UCCCCGAGCGCCCCCGUGGGUACUCCGGCCGCACGGUCUCCGUCGGCGGAAGCCCCACCGGCGGGUCACGCGCCCGCGGCGCUUACCCUCGUGGCAUCUGUGGCACCGAUGGUGCAACCGGGUCUGCUCACGGAUGACGGCCGAGAAAAGUGGGACAAGAAGAUAGAGUUUCUUCUGGCGGUCAUUGGGUUCGCGGUCGACCUCGGGAACGUAUGGAGGUUUCCCUACAUUUGCUAUCGCAAUGGAGGAGGAGCGUUCCUGAUCCCUUACACAGUGAUGCUCAUGUUUGGAGGUCUACCUCUCUUUUAUCUCGAGCUGGCCAUGGGUCAGUAUUACCGCAGUGGAUGCCUCACCAUUUGGAAAAAUAUAUUUCCAAUAUUCAAAGGAAUAGGUUAUGCCAUAUGCAUUUUGGACGUGUACAUGGGCAUGUACUACAACACCAUCAUCGCCUGGGCCCUCUACUACCUCUUGGCAUCCUUCACUUCAGAGCUGCCUUGGACGCGUUGCGACAACGCCUGGAACACGCCGCAGUGCAGGACACUCGCACAGAGGGCGAACUCCUCAAGCGGUGACAUCAGUCCAGCACAGGAAUACUUCGAACGGAAGGUUCUUCAGAUCCACAAGUCCGGAGGCAUCGACAAGAUUGGCGGGAUACGGUGGCCCCUGGCGGCGUGUCUGUUUGCGGUCUUCGUCAUCGUGUAUUUUUCCCUCUGGAAGGGCGUCCGCAGCACUGGCAAGGCUGUGUGGUUCACAGCUACAAUGCCGUACGUGGUCCUGUUGAUUCUGCUUGUGAGGGGAGUCACUCUCGACGGCUCCAUGGAAGGCAUCAAGUACUACCUCUCACCACAAUGGGACAAAUUACUUUCAUCAGAUGUGUGGAUUGACGCUGCUACACAAAUAUUCUUCUCACUCGGUCCUGGCUUUGGAACCCUGUUGGCAUUGUCCAGUUACAACAAAUUUCACAACAACUGCUACAGGGACGCUAUUGUGACGAGUGUGAUCAACUGCCUCACCAGCUUCCUCGCUGGCUUCGUCAUUUUUUCUGUUCUGGGCUACAUGGCACACGUCCUCAACAAGGACAUCAGUAACGUCGCAACGGACGGUCCUGGUUUAGUCUUCAUCGUGUACCCGGAAGCCAUAGCUACGAUGUCUGGCUCUGUCUUCUGGUCCAUCAUGUUCUUCUUGAUGCUCAUCACACUUGGAUUGGACAGCACGUUCGGUGGCCUUGAAGCGAUGCUGACUGGGCUGUGUGACGAAUACCCCAACCUGCUGCGGAAGAAUAGAGAGAUCUUCGUUGCAUGUGUCAUCAUUUUUAUCUAUAUCUGCGCUUUGCCGACAACAACAUACGGUGGAAACUACAUCGUCAGUCUUCUGGAUACUUAUGCCACGGCUACGGGAGUGCUGUUCAUAGUGCUCGUUGAAUCCGUGGUUGUUUGCUGGUUCUUUGGUGCUAACCGCUUCGCUCAGCACGUGAAAGAAAUGCUGGGCCACCUCCCGGGGCUCUACUGGCGGCUCUGCUGGAGUUACAUUAGCCCAAUAUUUCUAUUUGUCAUGUUCAUCUUCGCCGUACUACGGUACAAGCCGCUCGAGUGGGAGAACUACAAAUUUCCUGACUGGUCCAUCUACGUUGGGUGGGUGUUGACCCUGUCCUCCAUGUGCUUCGUGCCGGGAUAUAUUUUGUUCGCCUUCAUUCGGACGCAAGGGACGCUGAGAGAGCGAACGGUGAUCUGCUUCAAACCGCACAGUGCCGCCGCCAAGAAGCUGGUGAACCCAACAUGCGUCUAAGCUUGGGCGCUUCACAUCUUGCCCUUAUAGUGCUAUUGCGAAAAGCAAAUGGGAAAUCCCGAAACAAGCGCAGCCUUGUACCUGCUUCUGAAUGUCGCUCGCUAGACAUAGCGAUGGCCAGACCCAAUGCAAAUUCCUCCAUGGACAGUGUACGGUAACAUAUGUUUCCAAAUCGAAUCCGUUCUAGGAACAAUGAUCAGAGAAACGUACGCCAUGGUAAUGCAAGAAGCAAAAUAAGGCCUAGGUGUUUCAUCCAAGCACCUUUUUAUAGGCCCUCUGAAAACUAUAAACUAUAAUCUAGGAUAGAGGAACGCGCAGACGUUCGUCAUGGGAUUUUUGCGAAGGCUCUUCCAGUAUUGUCCAGUGAGUUCACCGGGAGCCGUCCUUGUGAGCGUUCAUUUUGCCUGGAAACCCCUUGUGCUUAAACUAUGUGUAAGACAUGUGGACGUGUAAGACGCCAUACUGUCACCCAUCCGGUGUUAGCAAAGCAUGCUGCGCCCUGGAAUGAAACAUUUAUAUUCGAUUUUUUUUAAAGGCUGAGUCCCUUCCAUUCGGGUCACGACAUGCCGCACGUAGGCAUUGGGUUCAAUGGCUCUGUGCGGCACACCAAGGUGAGGACAUGGAGACAACGGUGUAUAAAGGUUUCUAGUCCCAGACUUGGUAUGUCAUCACCGAUCUUUGUUACUGGCCUAGGGCACCCGGCUACGCAAGCCCUCCAUCCCCGACAUCAUUCGCUUCCCUC